AUGGCCCCCUUAGCCGAAGUGGGGGGUUUCUUAAGUGGCCUAGAGGGGAUGAGCCAGCAGGUGGGCUCCCAUUUCCUUUUGCCUCCUGCUGGGGAGAGGCCGCCUCUGUUGGGGGACCGCCUGACCCAAGCGGAAGGGGGAUCCCGAGGGGGCGUCGCGGCUGCGGCCACGGAUUUAGCGCACCUGCAGGGCAUCCUACGCCGAAGACAGCUGUAUUGCAGGACUGGCUUCCACCUGCAGAUCCUGCCCGACGGCAGCGUACAAGGCACUAGGCAGGACCACAGCCUCUUCGGUAUUCUUGAAUUUAUCAGUGUGGCUGUGGGAUUAGUCAGUAUUCGAGGAGUGGACAGUGGCCUUUACCUUGGAAUGAAUGAGAAAGGAGAGCUUUAUGGUUCUGAAAAGCUCACUCCUGAAUGUGUCUUCAAAGAACAGUUUGAAGAGAACUGGUAUAACACUUACUCCUCCAAUGUAUACAAACAUGGAGAUUCAGGCCGGAGGUACUUUGUGGCACUUAACAAAGAUGGCAGUCCCAGAGAUGGGGCAAGGUCCAAAAGGCAUCAGAAAUUCACUCAUUUCUUGCCUAGACCGGUGGAUCCCGAAAGAGUUCCGGAGCUCUACAAGGACCUGUUAGCAAUGAGUUGAAGACAACCACAGAGAAAAACAGGAUCUUAGCCUCUACAGUUCUAAAAGCAAGAGCAACUUCUAAAUGUUGAAAAUUUUGAGAUCUAGAAAGCAGGCAUCAGUGAAGCUGUUUAGUGGUAGACAAGCCUUCAUGCCUAAUCUCUGGAUUUAGGAGAAUGGAUAUUAAAGUCUAGCUGACCAGCCUCUUUUAGGUACGCUCAUUCUGUGCUAGUCAAGAAGAUGUUUGAACUGGACUUAUCAAAACUGCUCUGGAUCCUGUACUUGGAGCAUAAAUAAUUACUAAAGUAAAUGGGAGUUGGCUGUAGAUAACUUGGAAAAAACGGCUAGUUAACAUCAUUGAUAACCAUGUGGAUGGUUAACAUGGAGCUUUAUGAAGACUGUGGUAAUUGGGCAGCAAAAUCUGGAUUUAUUUUUCCCUUCAGGAUGGACCUAAUUUAUAUAUCUUCAGAGUGCAUAUAUUUAUUUUAAAUAUUUAUUUAUUACAGAGUUUAUUUUUAUUGGUCUAUGAAGAGAGUUCAACCCUAUACUACAAUAAAAAUCAUUUACAGUGCCAAUAUUUACUCCCAAAGUAGUAUCAUUGUGCAAAAAGUGAACAUUGCUAUCCCAAAUGGUACAAAGGGAGCAACAU